GAAGCAUCCUCCCCUCCAUUUCUACCCCAUUUGCUCUACUUUUCUGAAUCUCUGAAGUAAUCUCUUUCUUUCUUCACCAUCAAAUCAUGGGUUCAUGAUCGUUUUCAUCAUAAUGGGAUAUGACUGAUGGGUUUUGCAUGUUUCCUUCCUUUGGUUUAGAGAUAAGAGAAAACAGACAAUCAUGUUACAUAGAGCAGCAAACAAAGCAUAUUCAUGGUGGUGGGCAAGCCACAUCAGGACAAAGCAGUCAAAAUGGCUCGAAGAGAACCUUCACGAUAUGGAGGACAGGGUUGAUUACAUGCUCAAAAUUAUUGAGGAUGAUGGAGACUCCUUUGCAAAGAGGGCUGAAAUGUAUUAUAAAAAGAGGCCAGAACUUAUAAACUCUGUGCAAGAAACUUUCAGGGCAUACCGGGCAUUGGCUGAGAGAUAUGAUCACUUGUCAAAAGAUCUUCAAAGUGCCAACCGCACCAUUGCCUCUGUCUUUCCGGAACAAGUUCAGUUUGCCAUGGAUGAUGAAGAUGAUGAAAAUUUCAGCCGAAUGUCCACUUCUUCCCCCAGUCCUGAUAGACCACCUCUCCCGAAGUCAGGUGUCCCAAAAGUUCCAUUUCCAAAGAAAGAGUUCAAGAACUCACCCACACUGUUGUCAAGAAGGGGCCAACUAAGGAAAACGCCCAGUUCUGCUAGAGUUGCUACACUUCCAAGUUCAGGGUUGAGCAAAGAUGAGGCACUAGAGGAAAUUGACAAGCUCCAAAAGGAAAUCUUGGCAAUGCAAACUGAAAAGGAGUUCAUAAGAAGCUCAUAUGAACGGGGAUGUGAAAAGUAUUGGGAGACAGAGAGCCAAAUAAAUGAAAAACAGAAGAAGGAUGCGUUGGUUAAGUUGCAAGAAGAACAACAGCAAUCAGCUAAAGAGGCAAGAGAAGAAUCCAAAAGGGUUACUGAAGCACAGAAGAAGUUUCAGGCUAUCAGAAGGAGGUUCCUUCCCAAAUCAGAACAGCUGGAGGAGGAUGAGUCUGACAGUGUAGGUUCAGAAUCAGAAAACUUGGACAGAGAAAUUGACAAUUGGGAGAAAGAGAAGCAUGAUUUAGUGCUAUUACGAAAGAAGAUUAAGGAACAGCUCGAAUUAAACUCAAACUCCUCCCUGACCAUGUCACAACUGGCAGAUAAUAUAGAUGACCUUGUACAAAGGGUUGUUAACUUGGAGACUGAAGUAUUCUCUCAAAAUGGCAUGGUAAAGAGAUUAAGAUCAGAAACAGAUGGGCUUCAAUCACAUGUCCGCAACCUGGAGGAAGACAAGGAAGCUCUGGUUGAAUGCUCAGACAUCAUGCGAGCCAAGAUGACAGAGUUGGAGGAGGAAUUAUCUAGAGUUAAAGAUCUUGUCAAAACUGUAAUAGAACAAAACAACAACCUCAAAACUCAAUUUACCGAGGAAGACAGAGUUGCAGCAGAUGCCAAAGCUGGCAAGGGAAUUAAAGACCAAGGAGAUGGUUUGGCCCCUGGUGGCAGUUCCAUGGCUUUGAAAGGUAAAGAAAACCAGAAGGGAGAGGAGAAAAAAUAUGUUUUAGCAGAGCUUGAUGUUAUGCCUGAAAAGCCUCAGGAACCAAGAGAAGAGGACAAAGUUGAGAAGAAAGAUUUAUCUGAGACAGCAAGCAGAACUCUGGAAAGUAAUGCAGAGGAACUGGGGACAGAUGAAGAAGAUAACCAGCCGAACUGGGGCCAGCUAUUCUCAAAUGGAUUGGAUGAUAGGGAAAAAAUUUUACUGGAGGAAUACACUUCUGUCCUUCGGGAUUAUAAAGACGUGAAAAUGAAGCUGAAUGAAGUGGAGCAGAAAAACCGAGAUGGGUUCUUUGAAUUGGCAUUGCAGAUAAGGGAGUUGAAGAGUGCUGUUGCUUCUAGGGAUGGAGAGAUUCAAUCUUUGAGGCAACAAAUGAACUCCCCUCAUAAAAUUCUAGAUGAAGAUCAAGAAAGUAGUGUGACAAGGCAGGAAGGAAUAAGCCACACAGCUAGCAUGGCAAAUUCUACUUUCUCAUCCCCAACUUCACAUCAUGAACGGAGAGGCUCUUCCACAAAAGAGGAAGAAAAAGAAAUGGAGGACCGCACAAUGACCAAGACAAAACCUGUGCCAAGUCGACCUGUUUCAGCUGUAGAAGAAAAACUCCGUUCAGACAUUGAUGGGUUGCUGGAGGAAAAUCUGGAGUUCUGGUUGAGGUUUAGCACCUGUUUUCAUCAGAUACAGAAGUAUGAAGCCUCAGUCCAGGACUUGAAUGCAGAACUAUUGAAAAUGCGGGAAAACAAGCACACCAAUCUCAAAUCUCUAGCCUCAGAUGCCCGGCCAAUAUUCAUGCACCUGAGAGAAGUGCAGACUGAAUUAACAUUAUGGCAAGAAAAUAAUGCAGUAUUGAAAGAUGAACUGAAAGGAAGAUAUUCAUCCAUGUGCAACAUCCAAGAAGAGAUAUCAAGACUUACCAGUGCAGGUUCCAGAGCAGAAGAUGCUGAGCUCAGUCAAUAUCAGGCUGCAAAGUUUCAGGGUGAGAUUCUCAACAUGAAACAGGAAAACAACAAGGUUUGUGAUGAACUGAAAGCAGGUUUCGCACGAGUGAGACAGCUGAAGGUGGAAGUGGAGAGGGCAAUGGAGAAACUGGACGAGGACUAUGGGAUUACAUCAUCAACAAACCAAAGGCCAGGAAGAUCAGCUCGGGCUAGAAUUCCUCUGAGGUCUUUCUUGUUUGGAGCAAAGUUAAAGGGCAAGAAGCACUCAAGGACGCCAUCCAUGUUCUCGUGCAUGAGUCCAGCACUGAAUAAACAGUAUAGUUUUAUAGGAGCACCCAUUGAACCCCCAGAAUAGACUAUCAUAGAAAACUCAGGGAGAGUUUCUUUUUCCACCUUGAAUCUGAUUGUUUGGACACCUUUGAAGUUAGAAUUUUUACAGAGUGAUUUUGUUUUUCUUCUUUCAAUUUGGGAUUUAAUACUUCCUGUAUUUUAUACCGAUCUAGAAGUGACUUGAGUUUCUCUCACAAUUCUUGGGUUCGUACUAAUCAAGCAAAGGAGAGGAA